AUGCACACAGCCAUCUGUCUACUUAUUUAUUUAUCUAUCGAACUAUCUAUCUAUCUCUCAAUCUAUCCGAGGAAUCAUCGAGCCCAGAAGGAGUCGGUGGCACUCGUUUGUGCCGACGCCAAUGCCAGCUGGUCGAAGGGAAGUAGUAGCGCAUCCCCUCAUGGCUGGUGUCUACGUGUGAGCAACCGAAUCGCUGACAUAGUCACGACGUAUCAACGCUUGAUUGUACCAGGUCAGGCCCCAAAUCCGGCACACCAACACGAUCGUCAGGCUCGACAAUGGCGUUUUAAACAAACAGAACUGGCUCGAGUGCUUCGGAGUCGGAUAACUGGCGCCCUCUUUGCAGCGCCGUGUCCGAACCCUUCUACCAACUGGCCAACCGGCUUGCCAUGCCACCUCUGCUCGGGCCCUCUGGUACCGGUGGACCGACAAGGCCUGCCAAACAUGCAGGGCGUGGACAUCUGGCGACAUGUUUUGCCAAUAGGCCCAUGUCCGAUUCUUGCGGGAAGCGGAGAGGAGAGUGGGCAGUGUGAGGACAGACAGCCGGCGAGUGGAGGGUGGAGAUUGCUUCGUCAACUGGGCCCGGCCUCGAACUGGGCCCAGUCCAACGGUACGGACAGUGCAGUCGACUAA